AUGAAGCUGUCCAUGGAUAUUGUGUGCUCUGGGAACGUUUACCAGAUCAGCUCUCCCAGAGCUGAGACUUGUGCAGCAGGCCAGGUACACCAGGAGAUCCCCGGGCCCCUCGGCAAGGGCAUCGGCUACAACUACACCUACAUGCCCAACCAGUUCAACCACGACACGCAGGACGAGGCCGGGCUGGAGGUGCACCAGUUCUGGCCGCUGGUGGAGAUCCAGUGCUCCCCGGACCUGCGCUUCUUCCUCUGCAGCAUGUACACCCCCAUCUGCCUGGAGGACUACAAGAAGCCGCUGCCGCCCCGCCGCAGUCUGGCGGUGGCCGAGCACGUGCGGUACGAGAGCACCGGCCCGGCGCUGUGCACCGUGGUCUUCCUGCUCGUCUACUUCUUCGGCAUGGCCAGCUCCAUCUGGUGGGUCAUCCUCUCCCUCACCUGGUUCCUUGCUGCCGGCAUGAAGUGGGGCAACGAGGCCAUCGCUGGCUACGCGCAGUAUUUCCACCUGGCAGCCUGGCUGCUCCCCAGCGUCAAGUCCAUUGCCGUGCUGGCGCUCAGCUCAGUGGACGGGGACCCCGUGGCUGGCAUCUGCUACGUGGGCAACCAGAGCCUGGAGAACUUACGGGGCUUCGUGCUGUUUGGCCUCUUCACCGUGCUCUACACUGUGCCAGCUGCCAGCGUGGUCGCCUGCCUCUUCUAUGAGCAGCACAACCGGCCCCGCUGGGAGGCCACGCACAACUGCCCCUGCCUGCGUGACCAGCAGCCUGACCAGGCCCGCCGCCCCGACUACGCCGUCUUCAUGCUCAAGUACUUCAUGUGCCUGGUGGUGGGCAUCACCUCUGGUGUCUGGGUCUGGUCCGGCAAGACCCUCGAGUCCUGGAGGGCCCUCUGCACCCGCUGCUGCUGGGCCAGCAAAGAUGCUGCUGUGGCUGGGGGCACAGGGGUGGGAGGGGGUGGGCAGGCAGCAAUCACCGCAGCUGGAGGACUCGGGGCUGGAGGCGGUGGCUCCCUCUACAGCGAUGUCAGCACCGGCCUGACGUGGAGGUCGGGCACUGCCAGCUCCGUCUCCUACCCCAAGCAGAUGCCCCUGUCUCAAGUGUGA